CCGGUACCAGUCCGGCCCGGUGCGUUGCCUCACCAACUCGCCACGCCACUCGCCUCACCACUUACCACGCCACUCGUCACGGCACGAGCGACGCCACGAGCCAUUCGCCAUACGCCACCACUCAUCUCAUCUUCAACUUUAAGAACCGAAACUAAGACAACAUGAGGGAAUGCAUCUCAGUCCACAUCGGGCAGGCGGGCGUGCAGAUCGGCAACGCCUGCUGGGAGCUGUACUGCCUGGAGCACGGCAUCCAGCCCGACGGACAGAUGCCGUCCGACAAGACGCUGGGCGGCGGCGACGACUCCUUCAACACCUUCUUCAGCGAGACCGGCGCCGGGAAGCACGUGCCGCGAGCGGUGUUCGUUGACCUGGAGCCUACUGUUGUUGAUGAGGUCCGCACAGGCACGUACCGACAACUGUUCCACCCCGAGCAGCUCAUCACGGGCAAGGAGGAUGCAGCCAACAACUACGCGCGAGGACACUACACCAUCGGCAAGGAGAUCGUCGACGUCGUGUUGGACAGGAUCAGGAAACUGGCCGACCAGUGCACGGGACUGCAGGGUUUCCUAGUGUUCCACUCGUUCGGCGGCGGCACCGGCUCCGGGUUCACGUCGCUGCUGAUGGAGAGGCUCUCCGUGGACUACGGCAAGAAGUCUAAGCUUGAGUUCUCUAUCUACCCCGCACCACAGGUGUCGACGGCGGUGGUGGAGCCGUACAACUCGAUCCUGACCACGCACACCACGCUGGAGCACUCGGACUGCGCCUUCAUGGUCGACAACGAGGCCAUCUACGACAUCUGCCGCCGCAACCUCGACAUCGAGCGCCCCACCUACACCAACCUCAACCGGCUCAUUGGACAGAUAGUGUCGUCGAUCACCGCGUCGCUGCGUUUCGACGGCGCGCUCAACGUCGACCUCACGGAGUUCCAGACCAACCUGGUGCCCUACCCGCGCAUCCACUUCCCCCUCGCCACGUACGCGCCCGUCAUCUCCGCGGAGAAGGCCUACCACGAACAACUCACUGUGGCUGAGAUUACUAACGCCUGCUUCGAGCCUGCCAACCAGUUGGUGAAAUGCGACCCACGUCACGGCAAAUACAUGGCUUGCUGUAUGUUGUACAGAGGCGACGUGGUGCCCAAGGAUGUGAACGCUGCCAUCGCCACCAUCAAGACGAAGAGGACUAUCCAGUUCGUGGACUGGUGCCCCACUGGAUUCAAAGUAGGCAUCAACUACCAGCCCCCGACGGUGGUGCCCGGCGGAGACCUCGCGAAGGUCCAGCGCGCGGUCUGCAUGUUGUCCAACACCACGGCUAUCGCUGAGGCGUGGGCCAGACUUGACCACAAAUUCGACCUGAUGUACGCCAAACGUGCUUUCGUACACUGGUACGUCGGCGAAGGUAUGGAGGAAGGAGAGUUCUCUGAAGCUCGCGAAGAUCUGGCUGCACUGGAGAAGGACUAUGAAGAAGUUGGUGUCGACUCCACUGAGGGCGAGCUUGACGAAGAAAAUGAAUAUUAGGAGUAAAGAUCUACUAACGCAGUAGACAUAGAAGUAAAUAGACCAUUGAUAGUUUUCGUCACAUUUUCUUAAAAAAAAAGAGAACUUGGACAGUAUGGACUGGUAUGGACAGUAAAAAACGAGGCAAGACGAUUCAUUAAUCUGUGUGUUACUAUCUGUUGUUGUUAUAAAGUAAACCUAGCGUGAUCACAAACUUGGUAUAAUUUUUUUGCAAAUUAUACAAAGCUUAAAAUGGGUAUACUCGUAAUAAUGAAAAAAUGGUUCAAUGUAUUUAAAAAUAUCUGUUGACUGACAAUACUGGCACAUUUUUACACGCUAAUCAGUGGUCUAUAUUACUGUUUAAGUACUCCGUGUAAAGAUUAACGCGAACUAUAAGUUUCGCGCUUAAAAAUUCGGUGACAAUGACAUAAAACUUUCCAGUGUUGCAAUUAAAAUUCCUACCAUUUUGGUAGAAUUGUUAGUUUUAAGUAUAACGCAUACUCUCUUUAAUUUAACAGUGAUUUCGAGUUUCAUAGACUUUUAUUGAAAUGUAUCUUUAAGUAAACUGAUAAUUAGAUGUAAGAAAAGAAAAACGUGAGCUUGUUUUUUUUAAUAUAACCAACGCUUUAUUAACAGUACAAACUUUUGAUAUACAAUUUCCAAAAUCGGAAAUACAAAGUUUGUAUAUCUGUAAUGAAUGUAAUUUUCGUUGCGCAUUUAUUAAUUAUAAUAAAAUGGUGAUAAUAAUAGAAAUAUUUUGAAUAUUGAUUUUCGGGAUAUUAAUUUUAUUUAAAUAAUAUAGGCUAAUUAAAAAAAGAUUUGAUUGUGCUUCAUAAAAGAUUUAUUUUGUAUGAAUGAUAAUAAUUUAUUUACUUAAUUGCACAAUAAAAACAUUUUUACACUACAAA